AUGGGAUACAAGUCCUAUCCCCAGCGUCUAGCAAAUGCCCUUACCACCAGACGGUGGGACUACCUUAGUAUUGUUGGUGGUAGCCUCUGCUCCUUAUUUUUCCUGAUCGCAUUGGCAGCAUCAGACAAUAUCCCACCCACUGCACCGUGGUGGGAUGCCAACCGAGUUCACGCCCAUUACUGGUCUCACCUGAGAGGCACCCAUGCUGCUAGUAUAUUUGUCAUGUUCUCCGGUGCUCUCUACGUCGUCUAUUCAGCAGCUCUCACACGUCAAAUUCGCAGAAUCCCUGAUAUCGACCCUAUCCUCACUGACCUUCAACUUGCAUGUGGGUCAGCAGCAUUCAGCGUCUUCAUGAUAGGAGCCGUUGCUAUGAGCCUGCUGACAUUCCGCGAUUAUGGCCCGGAGUUGACACAGCUCAUGAACGAUAUUUUCUGGAUGGCCACGUUUUUGGCAUGGCCAAUCUUCUUCGUGCAGAUGUGGACGGUUGCGUGGGCGGUCUUCAGCGAUAAGAGCCCUACCCCUGUUGUUUCUAGAAGAAUGGGUUUGAUCAAUAUUAUCGCUCCAGUUGUCUACGCCCUUGGCGCUGGAAUCCACAUCCAUCAAACAGGGCCUUUGGCAUGGAAUGGUGGCCUUGUGUAUUGGCCGACAUUGGUAGCUUUUGGAUUCCAAGUCAAUGUUGACCUCUGGUAUAUAUGGAAGAGUCUUGAAGCUAGUCAUGCUCUUCCCUAA